CAAGCCUGACGGUAGGCUGACAAGUGCACACAGCAUUCACAGCGGAGCCGAGUGUAGAAUGCGUGGAGACUCUUCGUUUUAGCCUAGACGUUGAUAUAGCAGCAGCAAAACAACCAUGCUCACGAAGGCUGUGGCUAUUUUACUCAGUGUCUCCUGUUAUUUCUCAACCGCCACUCCCAUACACGGCAAUUUGCCCGCAGAAGCCGCGAAGGCGUGCCAAGAAGCGGCAGGAAUAAGCGACGCUGAUGCAGAGAUCCUGCAGAGGAGUGAGAUUGUGAAGAACGAGUCUAUAGAAGGGCACAGGUGCUUCGUGGCCUGCAUGCUAACCAAAAGGGGUGUGAUGCACAACGGGAAGCUUGACAUCGACAUUAUGAUCCAAGUCUCCAAGCAAGCGUUUGCAAGCGAAGGCCGCAAAUUCGACGAAGAGGCAUACAGGAAAGGAGUUUCUGACUGCAACGACACAGCCGGAGAGGGCAAGUGUGUCAAGAGCUACAACACGUGGAAAUGUUUCCUGCAGUUCUCAAUGCAGACAAUGAUGAAAGAAGGAGCUGCAUAGCCGCACAGGGGAUGGAGUACCAGAAUUUAACCAGGGACUGCAAGGAAUCUGAGGGAUUUCACAUGACACGUGGAGUGGAAGCGAAACAUCUGCAGUGCACUGAUUUCUACACGGUUACAAUUUUCUAUUCGUUCAGGCUCUAAACAUGUAGAGUCCCCAUCACUCUUUGUCAAUAAAUUUGAAAAUGUGAAUUGUAA